UGGCAGCUAGCACUUCACUUCCGAAUGGAGGUCUGCUCCGCGUCUCCACUGUAAGCUUGGGAGAUUGAAUGGGACAUGGAGGAUCACGCAGACAGAAUUAAGAUUCUGAGUUUAGACACACGAUCAAACUGAUUCUAGCACCUAUUAGCUUCGCUUCCUCCGUUGAGAAGGAGACUAUGAGUGCAGGUGGUCACUUGUUUAGGGGAGCUGGUUUACUGCUCUUCCUCAGAUUGUAUCGACUUCAAGGAACUGCGUUAUUGAGGCACUUAUGGCUUCGUGAUUAGAAGCGACUGUCAGUUUGUAAUUGCAGUAGCAUGGCACAGUCUUCUGCAUAGAGGUAAUUGAGUAGAGGGAAAGAACGAUCAAGAUGUUUCUGCGGUUGGAGCAACAUAUUGCUCUCGGCUGGUGAAUAAUCGGGAAAGAUGCUGUCGAAGGAUUCGUAAUUGUCUGCGGAGGAGAGGGGAGCUUACGUCGACGCGUUUUCAAGAAUUUUGAGUGUCGUGCAGCUCGGCAAUUUGCACUGCAGUAUAAAUGAGGCCGUGGACAUCCAUGUGAAAAACGAGGAUUGGGAACUAGUACGAGUGUGUGCAUCAAUGGCGGCACUACUUCUGUGCCUGCUGUUGUCGUCCAUGCUCCUGUCUGUGUCCACAUCGCAUAGUUGUUCUAAUAUUACCCGAGUAUGUGCGGAAGACGAAGACAAUGUUCUCACGGUUGACGUGGACGCCAGCUCUCUCCUGGCCACUACGGAUGAGGCAUUUUUGUGUGCAACAUUGGACUGGUGGCCUCCUGACAAAUGCGACUAUGGCACUUGUGCCUGGGGUCAAGCCUCGCUUCUCAACCUCGAUCUUGAUAAUCCUUUGCUUGAGAAGUUUCUCAAAGCAUUAUAUCCCUUCCGUAUCCGACUUGGUGGUACCCUGCAAGAUCACAUUGUCUACGAAAUAGGAUUAAACUCUGAAGAGUCAUGUCUGCCAAUAGCGAAAGACGAAACAUAUAUGUUUGGAUUUCGAGAAGGAUGUUUGUCCAUGAACCGAUGGAUUGCUCUCAAUAAUUUAUUUGCAAAAUCUGGAACUUUGGUCGCUUUUGGACUGAAUGCUUUAUAUAAUCGCCUCCAAGUAGGAGAUGGUUGGGGUCCUUGGGAUUCAUCCAAUGCUCGGAGCCUUAUUGAGUUUUCAAUUCAGCAAGGCAUUCAAGUAGAGGCAUGGGAAUUGGGAAACGAGCUCAGUGGAAAUGGUGUUGGGACGACCAUUUCAGCUCAACAGUAUGCAGAAGAUAUGAGAGAGCUUCGCUUUAUCAUAGAUACUCUUUACGUAGAUUUUGAUCGGCGGCCAUUGGUAGUUGCACCUGAUGGAUUCCUCGAGGGUCAGUGGGAUACUGCAUUCCUCAAUGCCUCAGGUCCCGGCGUUGUGGACGUGUUUACGCGGCAUAUUUAUAAUCUUGGGCCAGGAGUAAGCGGUGAUCUGGUGGACAAGAUACUUAAUCCUUCUUACUUAGACAACGAAUUAGGUAAUUUCCGUGCAGUUCGAGAUAUUCUUCAAACUUUAGAUCCUUCACCAUCAGCUUGGGUGGGUGAAGCAGGUGGAGCUUACAACAGUGGCCACCACCUUGUUACUGAUGCUUUUGUUUUCAGCUUCUGGUACUUGGAUCAAUUGGCAAUGGCUGCUUCCUUUAAUAACAAGGCUUACUGUCGCCAAAGUUUAAUCGGCGGUAACUAUGGUCUACUCAAUACGACAACUUUUCGGCCGAAUCCAGAUAUGUACAGUGCUCUUUUGUGGAAACGUAUGAUGGGGAGCAGAGUAUUAACAACAACAGUGGAUGGUUAUCCCCAAUUGAGAACAUAUUCACAUUGCCAACAAGGGACCACUACGGGUGGUCUUACAUUACUACUGAUAAACCUAUCAAACUUCACGGUGAGUGUCGCUGCUAACCUCUUAUCACAUUCGAAAGAUGAACCAAAGUCACAAGGCGGCAAGAAUCCCAAGUAUUCCCUCAUACCCAAAAGCUUCAAGACUUCCAAAGCUCUAGUUACGAGAUCUGAGUAUCAUUUGACUCCUCAGCACAAGGACCUUCAUAGCCAAACUGCUGUGUUGAAUGGAGUACCGCUUGAAUUAACAUCAACUGGAGAUCUUCCAAACAUGGAGCCAAUUGUAAGAGAGAACUUCUCUCCUGUUUCAGUAGCCCCUAUCUCUAUUGUGUUUGUAGUUUUGCCAGAUGCAAAAGUUCCUAUUUGCAGCAAAAGUGAUUCUUGAAGACAAGUUCUAUGCAUUUCCUGAAUCUUCAAAUGAAAGUUAGUUUGAAGUGAGUUGUGUUUCACCCAAUA